AUAUUUUAAGAUAGAAAUUUCUUUUUCACUAUAAAAAUUUCUCAGUUGACAUCGUCUCAAAUUUUUCAUUAAAUUUUUGUCAAAUUAAAUUAAAAUGCAAAAAUUAUUAUUUUCAAUUGGAAUUAUUGCCGUUUGCUGUUUGUCAUCGAUUGUCGAUGCAAAAUGUCCAUGCAAUGAUCCAAAUGAUUGUAACCGAAUAACGACCGAUUGGAAAACGAACCAAACUAUUGGUUAUCUUUUAGAAUCAAAUGAAACAAUUUGGUCAACAUUCAAAUGGAACAAAUUAACCAUAAUUUCAUUGAUUGAUUUUCAUCAACCAAAAUUGAUGUGUUUAGCUCAUCAUAAUAAGAUUCGAAUAAUGGCAUUCGGCAAUUUUACGUUGAAUGAUUUAUCCAGUUCAGAUAAAAUGAAUAAAUGGAUCGAAUAUCGUUUAAAAGAAGCGCAGGAUAAUUUCUACGAUGGAAUCAAUUUGUUUAUUGAUGAUCCUGUCGAACCUAAUUCGACAUUUAGUCAACGAAUCACCGAUUUUAUCAGUCUGACAACUAAACGUUUUCAUCAAGAAUUACCCGGAUCAAUCGUUUUGUUCAAUGCACCGUUUAGUCCAAAAAAUGAAAAAGGCAAAGGUGUUGAUGGAAAAAAUUAUGAUUAUGUUGCAAUUUCUAAAUCGGUUGAUUUGAUGGUUGCCAUGGAAUUUGAUCAACGUAGCCAAUCAUUUGAUGAACCAAAAUGUUUAGCUGGUGCACCUGAAUCGCUUUACAUUACUAUUGGCAGUCUAAUGGCUUAUAAAAAUAUUGGAGUCAAUCUUAAUCGUAUGAUAAUGGCAUUAGGUUUUUAUGUAGAUGAAUAUCUAUGUGUUGAAUAUCAUCAAAAUUAUCGUUGUAUUAUUGAAUCAUAUAAUUAUCGUGGUGCAAAUUGUAGUUCGAAAGUUGCUAAUCGUAUACCAUGGAACGUGUUUGAAAGAAUUGACAGACAAUGUUGGCGUGAGGUUUGGGAUGAACAUUCUAAUCAUGAUAUUUACACAUUUCUUGACAAUUCAAUUUAUGGCCAAGUUAAACAAUAUUGGACCGAUAAUUUAGGCAUUUUUAAAAAAAUAAGAUUAAUAAAUGAAAAUCAGAUGUCCGGUAUUGGUGUUUGGAUGCUAAACUAUCUGGAUGACAAAACAUGGUUUCAAUUACCCCAAAGACAACAACAAGCUUAAUUCAAUUUAUAUUUUAUUUUCUUUGAAUAUUAAUUCAAUUCAUAUUUUUUUGAUAAUGAAAUAAAAACUAAUUCUUAUUUCAUUUAACAAAAAUUUUUAAA